GCUCCGUGUGCUUAGGGCGACUUUACGUGUUGGAAAUACCCAAUAACCCAACUGUGCGUAUUUAUUCUCGCUUUUUCUCUGACACCUUCAAACGGACUCGUGGCUGGACGCGGGCUCGUUGAUGGUCACAUUUUCAGCUCUUUUCGCUCUUAUGCUCUGUGUAUGGACUUUGAAGGAAGAGGACAGCGGACAAGGACAAAAUGCCACUAUUCCGGAUUCUGUCUGUCAGCGCUGUUACGCACGCGUAAAAAGCCUUGACCGCUAUCUACCACAAUACUUUGGAUUAACCUUACUGGAUUUUCACGCUUUUUCUUCUUCACGCCGUGUUCUCUGUGAACAGUUUCCUUUUCUGAACAGCGGUGAGUCACUGCGGGCUCAAGGCAAGCCGCUGCAUCCUAAUCAGACAGCGGAGAGGACUUCAGCUCAUUGACAUUACAGUCAUACUUUUCUGGAGCACUUUUUUCCAUUUUCGCUGCGCUGCUCUGUAGCCUGUGUGUGCUGUGGGAGGCGUGUGGCUUCCCCCGUUCACCUGCGGAGAGGGAUACGGGUGGUACCUCUACAGAAAGUGGUUACAGGAGAUGAAACUCUCCUUGAAUCCACACUGGAGCUCAGUGACUGUUCACACACCGUUUUUCCGCGCCUGGAUUUCCUCCUUUGAUGUGGUGGUGUAAGUGAACGUUGACAAUGACUAUUCUGUUUGGAGCCUGGAUCGCGAUUAUUGCUCAGAUGAGUCGGAGCACCCAGCUGAAUAUAAAUUAGGUCUUCAGCACCACAGAUUGCUGGAGGAGAGAGACGCAGCAAAGACAAUCCACAAAGACAAAUGCCAAGUCCUCGGAUAAUGAACAGAACUAUUUAUAUGAACCUGAGUUACCCAAAAUCACAAGGAGACAUCAACAGGUCACGACACGAAUAAACACAGACUGUUAGUGCUUUUACACCGUGGGGAUGUAUCUUUCUAUUUUCUUUUUCCUUCUCCUGUGGGCUCAAGCCCUGACAUUAAAAAACUUGAAUUACUCGGUCCCAGAAGAGCAGGGACCUGGAACAGUGAUUGGGAACAUAGCCAAAGAUGCCAGGCUGGGACUGGAGCAGACAGGGCAGGGAGGUCAGGGGAAGAAAGCCAACUUUAGGGUGCUGGAGAACUCUGCACCUCAUCUCAUCGACGUGGACCCUCAGAGUGGACUGCUCUACACAAAGCAACGCAUUGAUCGGGAGACAUUGUGCAAGAGGAAUCCUAAGUGCCAGCUGUCCAUGGAGGUGUUUGCAAAUGACAAAGAGAUAUGCAUGAUCAAAAUAGACAUUCAGGACAUCAACGACAACUCCCCAACUUUCCCCUCGGAUCAGAUUGAUAUUGAUAUUUCUGAAAACGCUGUGCCGGGGACACGUUUUCCACUCACAAGCGCGCACGACCCAGAUGCAGGGGAGAACGGACUGAAAACCUAUCAAAUAACACGUGAUGACUACAAUCUCUUCUCCUUGGAGGUAAAAUCCCGCGGGGACGGCACCAAAUUUCCUGAAUUAGUGAUUCAAAGGCCACUAGACCGAGAGGAGCGAAGCCACCAUACCCUUAUUCUGUCUGCUACCGAUGGUGGGGAGUAUCCCAGAUCAGGCACCAUGCAAAUAAAUGUAAAAGUUAUCGACUCCAAUGACAACAGCCCCGUGUUUGACCAGCCCUCCUAUGUGGUCGAAAUCCCUGAAAAUUCACCCCCAGGCAAAGUGUUGAUUGAUUUAAACGCUACUGACCCUGACGAGGGCAACAAUGGACAAGUGGUGUAUUCUUUUAGUGGCUAUGCCCCAGAGAGGAUCCGGGAGCUGUUCUCCAUAGACUCCAGGACAGGAGUCAUAAAGAUACAGGGUGAAAUUGACUAUGAAGAGAGUCCAGUGAUUGAGAUUGACGUACAGGCGAAAGACCUAGGUCCCAAUCCAAUCCCAGGUCAUUGUAAAGUCACUGUAAAAGUGCUUGACAGGAAUGAUAACUGGCCAUCUAUAGGCUUUGUGUCUGUGCGGCAAGGGGCCAUCAGUGAAGCAGCUCCUCCAGGCACCGUCAUUGCACUGGUUAGAGUUACUGACAAAGACUCGGGCAGGAAUGGCCAACUCCAGUGCAGAGUGCUUGGCAACGUCCCCUUUAAACUCGAAGAAAACUAUGAUAACUUCUACACAGUGGUGACAGACAGACCUCUGGAUAGAGAGAUGCAGGAUGAGUAUAAUGUCACAAUAGUUGCUAAGGACAACGGGCUCCCUCCUUUGAAUUCAACCAAGUCUUUUACAGUGAAGAUCUUAGAUGAAAAUGACAAUGUUCCUCGCUUCACCAAGUCUGUUUACCUGCUGCAAAUACCUGAAAACAACAUACCUGGGGAGUUCCUCGGUUCAGUUCUCGCCCAUGACCCGGAUUUAGGGCAAAAUGGGACUGUUUACUACAGCAUAAUAAACUCUAAUGUGAGCGGUGGAGAUGUUAACACGUAUGUCAAUGUGAAUGCAGCCAAUGGAGCUAUAUAUGCAGUGAGAUCCUUCAAUUAUGAGCAAAUUAAGUAUUUUGAUUUCAAGGUUCUGGCUAAAGAUGCAGGCUCUCCGCAUCUCGAGAGCAACGCAACAGUGCGCAUCAGUGUUUUGGAUGUGAAUGACAACAUACCAGUUAUAGUUCUUCCUCUCCUUUUGAAUGACACAGCCGAGAUCCACGUCCCUCGUAACGUUGGCGUCGGCUACAUUGUCACUACGGUCAGAGCGGUGGAUAAUGAUUAUGGGGAGAGCGGAAGACUCACAUAUGAGAUUUCGGAUGGUAAUGAGGAAAAUCUUUUUGAGAUCGACCCAGUGACGGGGGAGGUGCGGACAGCCCACCAAUUCUGGGAGGACGUGAGCCCCAAUGUGGAGCUUAUCAUCCGUGUGUCGGACCACGGCAGGCCCACGCUCACAGCCGCGGCGAGGCUAAUAAUCAAAGCUUCCAAUGGACCCCUCUCUGGCGGGGCCCCUCACGUUACGGACAGACAGAACUGGGACAUGUCUUUGCCUCUAAUUGUGACUCUAAGCAUCAUAUCUAUAAUGCUUUUAGCCGCUAUGGUGACUAUAGCGAUCAAAUGUAAGCGGGAAAACAAGGAAAUACGAACUUAUAACUGUCGAAUAGCAGAGUACUCACACCCUCAGCUGGGGAAGGGCAAGAAGAAGAAGAUAAACAAGAACGACAUCAUGCUGGUGCAGAGCGAGGUGGAGGAGCGCGAUGCCAUGAAUGUGAUGAAUGUGGUAAGCAGUCCUUCCUUGGCCACCUCUCCCAUGUACUUUGACUACCAGACACGCCUGCCACUCAGCUCACCAAGGUCAGACGUCAUGUACCUCAAACCCACUGCCAAUAGCCUCAGCGUGCCCCAAGGCCACGUGGGAUGCCACACCAGCUUCACAAGCCCAGUCACCAGCACUACAGACACACCUACUAACCGCAUGUCUAUCAUUCAGACCGACAAUUUCCCCUCUGAGCCUAAUUAUAUGGGCAGCAGACAACAGUUUGUACAAAGUAGUUCGACAUUUAAAGACCCAGAGCGCGCCAGCCUCAGAGACAGUGGCCAUGGCGACAGUGACCAGGCGGACAGCGACCAGGACACCAACAAAGGGUCCUGCUGCGAUAUGUCAGCCAAAGAGGCGCUCAAACUCAAGUCCACGGGAGUCAAACCCCCACCCCAAGAGCAAGAUGAAGACUGUGUGAACUGCACAGAUGAGUGUCGUGUCCUGGGACAUUCAGACCGCUGCUGGAUGCCCAAGUUCCCUGGAGGAGGAAACCAGGCGGAGGGCGUGGACUACAGGAACAACAUGUUUGUGCCCGCAGGGAUGGAGACUGUGCCCGAAGCAGAGAACUACGAGUCUGUCAACCCCAACGGCAAAAAGACUUUCUGCACUUUUGGUAAAGAAAGGAGGGACCACACCAUCCUUGUGGCCAAUGUAAAGCCGUAUUUGAAGGCCAAACGCGCUCUGAGCCCCCUGCUCCAGGAGGUGCCCUCUGCCUCCAGUAGUCCUACCAAAGGCUGCUCCACCCUGGCCUCCUGCGCUACUGUGAAGAGUCCUGCAGAUGGCGCUGAGGGCAAGCCUCCGCCCGUCACCUGCUCAGGCCACUACGGACCUCCAGACGGACAGUUCUUAUCGCCCACCAAACAGAGAGAGGGGGUGUACCCGCCCCUGCCCGCUGACCCCGUGGCCAAGGUGCUGGCAGAGGCACGCUCCAGGAUCAGUCAGGAAGCAUCUGGGGAGAUGGAGACAGUGCUGGAACAGGGCGAGCCCGAUGGUCGUGAGGGGAUGGACGCUGAUCAGGUGGUCCGGGACAUCGACAAACUCUUACAGGACUGCAGAGGGAGUGAAUCCACAGGCACGCUCAGGAAGUGACCUCUGGACUAAAUAACACUGAGACAGAUGGAAUAGUCCUAUUCCACAAACUGUGAAGCCAAAACUGUCACCAAAACAAAUCACACACAUGCUCCCAUUACAGGAGCUCUUUUUACUGUAUUUGUUGUUAAAACCACUGACACUGAAGGAACAAUGGAACAUUUAUAAAGUCAGUCAUUAAGCACCACUUUCGGUGCUCCUAUCUUACCAAGGAUAUGGGACUGUGUAACAAACGUGUGAUUUCCUGCUGAAUUUAUAGACCUUUUUGUUCUUUAACUAAUGGCAGAGGCCUAUGCCUCUGGCACCUCUAUUAUCUAAGUGCCCACCAGCUCAUAAGUGUGUUGUCCAUGGUCUCUCGUGAAAUCCUACAGAAGUGUGUGUAGGUGGAGUUCUGUUAUGUGUAAUGGCCAUAGACCGAGAAAAGGACUUUUAUGGUCAGACAUGACAAUCGAUGUGAAAACAGAGAAAAUACAAAUGUUUGGACAGUGAAGGACAAGGGUACAAAGCUUUUGUUCAGACUUGUGGAUGUUGUGUUGGCUCUGUGGGCAGAGGGUAAUCAGACUGGUCUAACUGGUGGUACUGGACCUAGGAGACAGAGGGAGACUUGUAAGAGUUCAUAUCUCAGCAUCAUUCGUAGCCACAUGUGUAAGCUGUCUGUCCCUCGCCUCUAUUUAAACAUUCAUGUAGUGACACUGCACACGGACUGAGCGCACUAACUCAUCUGUGUACGUCUGCGUCCAGCUUCCACUGUGUACAGUGAGCUCAUUCACAUGCUGUAUAAAAGGGACAUAUUCCUCAACUGUGAAAAGAUGCUAUCUAUACAAUGAUAUAGAUGACUUAUAUGUAUGAAUCCAUGUAUAGUGUCCAAAUAUUAACACAAUAUUUAUACGUUUUCUAAGAAAAAGAAGUGAGGAAUCUCAGCAAAAAAGUGUCCUCAAGAAAAUUUUGAGAGCGGCGUACUAACUUGUUGAACUGCAAAGGGCACUGCCAUUGUUUCAAGUACAAAUAUCCAAAAACAUGCAUAAACAAGAAAAUGUCCCUUCACAUUAUCACUAUACAUAAUAUCAUUAUCUGUGUAAAUGUAUCCAAUUUAGAUGUGUUUACAUAAAAUUGACAUAUUUUUAUUGAUUUUACUGCAAUUUCUGUGCAUUUGAGCCAAAUUGUUAUGUGUACAAAAGCUAUAUUGUGUAUUUUAUUAAAUUAAUAUAUAGUUGUGUUGCAAUAUACAUGGGCUUAUAUUGUAUUUGGCAAAAGUUGCCUUAGUAGCUGUCGAACUCUGUGAGUUUGCUUUAGUUUGGGUUUUCAUUGGUGUUUCCUUCUACUCUGCAGUGCUUUUGAGAUGUCGCCUCUUUUUACCCAGAGGUCCGGCUGGAUCCAGUACAACUGUUAAAGCAAAGUGAGCCAGCCGAUCUGAACUACUAUUCAAAUCCAAGAGAAAAAGCAACAACCACAAGACAACCGUUUGAAAAUUUGUACUGAGCAGAUUUUUACAGGGCAGCUAUUUUCUUUAACAAUAACUAGUAUGCGUCAUUUGUGUUCAUUACGUUUUUAUUUUCAACCUUCUUUCCAAAAAAGAAACCUGCCAUAUGGAAAGUGGAGUGGUUUCCUUGGUGAUCAUCUAACUGCCUUACUGUCUCUGCGGAGAGCUUGUUGUAGUUUGUGUGGAGUGACUGCUUCUGAAGCCCUGGUCCACGCGAAUGUGCUUUUUCUAAUACGGACCAAAAGAGGAUCUGUCUCCAGCAGUCUGUGUCCUUUCUGUAUGUACUCCUUUCGAAAUCGCAUUCUUUGCAGUGAAAAAUGAACCUGGACUUAUUUCUUUUGGAUUUGAUGUUUAGCUGUUUAGGAACAUGGUUUAUUAUAGAAGUGUCUUCACAGUCAGGCUUUCUAAAGUAAAUUAUAUACAUUUAUUUUUAAAAUGUUGGCUCGUUUCAGCCACUACCUGCUUUUUCUAAUACUAUAAGGUCAGUUAAGCAGAAGUAGUAGUACUAGUCUAGACGUGUUUGAAAAUGUGACCACAAUCUAUAAUGUACUAUAUCCAUUAGAGGGAACAGUGACCUUGGAUGCUCUGUAAAACCCAAUUCUAUUUAUUUGUAUUUAUAUAAUUUAUACAUCCCAUCUUGUAAUUUUCCUUUUUGCUUUAUCGCUUCCCCAGAGCAGAGGAACACUUUGAGGCAGUUGGUUUUGCAAUUUCAUGUAUAUUUUUAUUAUUUAUUUCAAGCAAGCUGACAGGAUUUCAGAGCGCAGAAUCUUUAAGCUAUUUCCGUUGCUGCUACCUCUCUGAAAAUCUAUAGAUAAAUCAUUUGGAGAGUCGCAUCACGUAAAUGGAGCAUAGCGCUAAAAUGUGCUGUUCAAAGUUAGCACUGGAACUGUGAUCCCAACAAAACGCACACACGGCUCUACACAGACAGACUUAAGCAUCUCACUGCCUGCCAUACAAAUGCACUGCUCCUUAAAGGGAACGGCUUAAAGUAAGUUGGGGCGAGCCGGUUCCCACACAUGUAUGACACUUCCCCACUUUGUCUUUUACCUUUAGUUUGCUUUAUUUCAUCAUGUAAGCGCACUCAACUCAAAUUUGCAUGCAACCUUCUUUUCAUAAACUUUUUUUUUUUUUUUUCAGAUAUGAGAAAAUUGGAAACCUCUACUUUUUAAAACCAGUGUCAGUCUGUGUUCCAAGUACACAGCCCAUAACGUAAACUGUUAGAUAUUGGUUUAAGUUGGUUUUAAAGGUGCACUGCGUAACUUUUUUGCCACCUGGCUGUUUCCAUGGAGAUCACUCUUGUCUUAUUCUGCAGUUUGGCAUUAAACGUAUCAGUCUCCAUCGAUAAAAGCAGCUCCAAUCUGUGAAGUAACGCAAUAACAGCUCCAUGGAGAUGAACAAUUAGUAGGAGAAAAGCUGCGCAGUGCACCUUUAAGUACUAGUUUCAACCAAGUAGAGAUGUUUUUUCUUGUAAUUAAGUCCAUUAAACAACAUUUGAAAAGUGUCUCUUUAAAAUAUACUCACAUUGUCCACACAUUGCCCCAUUCUGCUUUAUUUUUUAUCAUUAUUAUUAUUAUUAUUAUUAUUAUCCCCUCUUGUUAGACUGUUAAUUGAUAAUACCCUAGUUGUCAUGCCAUUAUAGCUGGUCAUGUGAUCACAAUUUCACCCUGAUCAAACUCUUUAAGCUUUUCAGUACUUUUACAAAACUCUCUUGAAUUCCCUGAGCAGUAAAAAAAAAAAAAAAAAAAGUACUGCUAUUUCUUUACUUGGGAAUAUAUUUGAACUUUUUUUCCUACUAUUUCCUCAUUUGGGAAUCUAUUUACACUUUGGUUUUCCAGUGAAUCUAUCUCCGCACUUUAUACCUGUCCUGUCCCCUCUAAUGGAGCCCCCCUUGGCCCAGGACACUGCUCUGCCUCUGAAAGUUUGGGCAGGAAAUGGCCUGGUUCCAAUGGAAGGUCUUCUCUGUACAAAGCCAUGGCCCCUCUCUCAGGCUAUUUGCUGUGUAAUCGAGCACAGGCUGCCGCUAAGGUCAGUACAUAGUAGGAGUUUGAGCCUCUCAUUAUUGUCUAAUUACACCACACAGGCAGUGCAUUACUCAACACCAGAGUGGAGCUUUGUGCCCACUCCAGACUGUACAUAUAGGCUGUGUUCAUGUGAAAUCAUUUAAAGGUCCUACAUUACGCAAAAUGGACACUUGUGAGGUUUAAGCCAUGUUACAAUGUUCAAACAUGUUCAUAAUCCAUUAUUAUUAGUCUUUCUACGUCUCCAAAGUGCACUCGGUUCCACCUUCUGAUGUCUUGAAGGGGUAGUUUUCAAGUUAACAACAACAUUUUAUUGUUUGUUCGGUAGAAAUGUUAAAUUCCAGACCUGAAAUUAUCUGAAUGAUUCCAGUGAAAGUGUAUGGAGUGGAGUACUUUCUGUAAUACCUCAUGACAUCACAAGGUGGAACAGAGUGUAUUCUGUUUGAGAGAAUAACUCAGCAUGUGUGAAUGAAAUAAAACACAUGUCCAGGUAUGUUUUUGAUGAGGAAACAACAUUAGAACAUACAGUAGAUCAGAAAAUAGCAUAAGAUAGUUGGUGUAAGCUAAUGUUAACCUGUGAUAUUGAGCAGUGGUUCAUAAAGGUGCCUUAUGUAACAUUGUUUUUUUGGUGGACGGUUCACCGCCUGCUUGUUUUCAUAGGGAUUUUAUUUCUUUGCCUGGAAUGUUCCACACAUCCAUGACAUUAAACUUAUCAAUGCAUUUCUUCAGUUAGAGGUGUUUUUAUUUAGCCAAGCUAGUGCCACCUAGUCCUUCCGCUCAAUUUCAUUUCUCUGGAGUGACUAGGUCAGGAAUCGGAAUACACUAGACGGUUCACAAAAAACCCCGGAAGUUCAGGCACCAGCCAAUCAGCGAAGAUCCAUACAUUCUGUGUUGGCAACGAUUCCCGAGAUUGAAGAUUUAAAGCCGAAAUAAAGAGAAUGUUUGGUGAAUUCUAUCAAGGGGAAAGACGUUAUUGUCCUUCUUCCAACGGGAUUUGGGAAAAGCUUACGUACGUCACGAUCAAAUAGCAGCGAUUGGUUAAAUGAAAAAGCUACCCGCCUACCGUCAAGCAAACGAAUUCUAACACUGCGAGGUCAGACGGUUUCCACCAAGUGAAACUGGCUGAUGAAUCAAGCUAGUCUUUAUUGCCUUGAAAAUAAAAUGAGCGAGCUGUCUUUUCAUAUCUCUGACUUGUAACCUGACUUUGUGGUUACCUGCUUGUAUCGAUGGAGGUUUAAUGCCAUACUGUGGAACAAUCCAGGUAAAUCAAUAUUAUUUUCUUGGAUAAAAGCCGGUGGCAAGCCAUUCAAAUGAAAAGUUCCAUAGUGCACCUUUCGCAUGAAGUAACUGUAAAAGAUAACAGAUAUGUUUGCUAUUUCUUCUCGUAUUUACAUAUUUUUUUCCGAUUUGGACACACUUACUGCCUCAACUAAACACUUGGUCUUGCUCAAGGGCACAACAGCAUUAUAGGCUUCAUAGUAGAAACUGACAACCCUCAAUUAGUCAAUUAGUGAGACAUUUAUUCCUGGUAAUAAAGCCACAUUACAUAAAUCAGUUGACCUUGAACAAUAUUAAUAAACGUAUUUAGUUAGCAGUGAAAUCUGGCGUUUAAACACUGGCGUAACAUGUAUGUAAAAUUGUAGAAUCAGAAAAUAUCAGAAACAGAAAAAUCACAUGUUCUGAAGUAAUCUGAGUCUCACACUGUAGGUUUACUGACAGACUUCACAUGAGCACAACUUAUUUCCACGCGAUAAGGGCCGUGUACAGUGUGGCUGCCUGCCUUCUGACUCACAGUGAAGCAGUGAUGCAUAUUUAGACAGACACUAUUAGCUUUCUCUUUUUUUUUCUUUCUUUCUUUUUAUCUCACACGGAAACGCCAUGCUGUUUUGGUUUUGGAAAUAUAGCACCCAAUGUCUGUCAAUGACGUCUCUCCCUCACCCUCCCAAGGCCCCACCGAGAUCUACGGGCUCCACGCUGCAACGGGCAACUGGU